GUUGAAAUGGAAAAUACGCAUAUCGCUUCACAUAAAGCCAAAGUUAGGAAGCUCUUAAAUCCAUUCAAACAAAAAAGAAAUAUUUCAACCACUCAACCGUGUAACAAUAUGUCGAAAACUCGAUGUGAUAGUAGCAUUUGGUACGGUGACGAUAUGGCUGAGCAGCAAAGUCAAUGGCUCUUCACUUUGAGUGAUGCAGAACUAGACGAACUAUUGCAGGUGGCUGACCAAGUGGUUGCGAGUAGCAAAUCUGAAAAAUUUCUUUCUCUUGACUUAAUCGAGAAUGUUGAUAAAUUCCACCUGCCUCUUAUCAAAGCAAAAAUAGCUAAAUUCACUGAUCAAUUACAAAAUGGAAUUGGAUUUGUUUUGUGGCGAGGAAUACCAGUGGAAAAGUGGAGUCGAAUGCAAACAUUUGCUGCAUUUUUAGUCAUAGGCAAAUGUAUGGGUAAUUUGCGUCAGCAGAAUGUAAAGGGGCAUGUACUAGGACAUGUCAGAGACCUUGGCCUAUCUAGCACCGAUCCGAAAAUUCGAGUUUAUCAGACAAAUGAACGGCAAACUUUCCACACCGAUUCUUGCGAUGUUGUGGCAUUGUUGUGUCUUAAAAAAGCUAAAAGCGGUGGCCUAUCAUCGCUAGUAAGCAGCGGCACAAUUUACAAUGAAAUGUUGAAAAUCAACCCAGAACUGCUAGAGCAUCUUCUGCAACCAUUAGCUUUCGAUAAAAGAGGAGAAGUGGCUGAAGGGGAUCUACCAUUCUAUAUGAUGCCAGUUUUUAGUGAGCAUGAUGGCUUUCUAUCUGCAUUUUACCAAAGGCAGUAUAUUGACUCAGCGCAAAGAUUUCCUGAUGCUCCCAGAUUAACAGAUAGUAAAAUUGCGGCAUUGGAUUUGUUUGACGAUUUAGCGAAUAAAUUGAAUUUCGAAAUGGAAUUACAGCCUGGGGACGUACAAUUCGUGCAUAAUCAUUCUUUGUUACACGAUCGCACUGCUUUCACUGAUUGGGACGAGCCAGAGCGUAAGCGACAUUUGCUGCGGAUGUGGAUUGCUACUCCGAAUGCGAGACCUUUGCCCAGCGUUUUUUCUCAGCGAUUUGGCAGUGUAACUGUUGGCUUCCGUGGUGGUCUGGAUAAUUUUGGAAUAACUGCAGUUGCACCAUUGUAUGUGUAAGCACUUGUUUAUGAAUUGGCGGUUCUUGAAUAUUUUUUUUAAAUAAAUGAACGAACCAUUCAACACAACAAAGAUUUAUUGAAAUCCGUUACAGUUAAAAACAAUAUGUUAAAUAUCCGUCAUAUCACCUGUGUUCAC